AUGCCCGAUUUACCCAAAUACUCUGAAACGGGAGGAUAUAAUUUAGGAUCUCACAAUAUUAAAUCUGCUAAAUUAGAGAAUGACAAAUUAAUAAUUGAAUACAACAAUAAUCAGCAAACAGAAACCAAGGAUAUAAAUGAUGCUGAAUUAGAAAAAAUAAAAUCUUAUUCUCAAAAAAUAGGCAAAAGUGAAUUAUCUUUAUCAGAUUUAGAAAGUAGUUUGAAUACUGGUUCUCCUGAUAAUAAAAUUAAAGAUUGGGGUCGAGGCCGAUUGAGUGGCAAUCUUAAUCAUGAAUAUUUAGAAUGGUCUUAUAAAGUUGGAAAACAAAGGAGAUAUGAACGGCAUAGAAUGUAUUCUCCUUUUUAUCAGAAUGAAACUCAUGAAAAUAAAAAAACUGUUUUUGAAAAUAAGCAUUUAUGGGUUAAAAAUGGUUAUAAUCGGAAUAUUGUUGAUUUAUUAGCCCAUUGUGAAAGAAAAGAAACAGAAUUGCCCUUUUUUGAACAAUUGAAAGAAAAAGUUGGCAAAGAAAUCUUUACUCCCGAAAAGUCUCAAAGACAUCGUGCUUGGUCGAAAUCAGUUAAAGAAAGAAAAGAAUUAGAAAGGUCGUGGGUAUCAGGAGUUCUCCUCCUGUGGGGUCCAUAUCAGGAGUAG